CCUGAAAACUACUUUUGCUCUUUCAUCAUGCAAGCUGGCAUUGUGAAGGGCUCAGUGCAUUUCUACAGCUUCUGAAUUAAUAUUGAAAUAACCGGCAUUUGGGAUGCACAGAUUAUUUUUAUUUUGGGGUUUUUCCCCCUCCCAAGCAAAAGCCCUGAUGGAGACAACCUUCAUACAACCUAGUGCCAGCACAUUGCUUGCUGAGGGAAGGCAGUCUUCAUUAAUUGAUUAACUUUGUGGGUAGGCAUCAUCAAGAGUGAUCAUUCUGCGAAGUCAACAGGGCAAUUUCCCUGAAUCCAAAGGAGAAAAAAAUUGGGCAGAUGGCUAGCUAGACUUUUCUGGUGAAUUGCGGGUUUUCCCCAUUCUUCUUUUCAAAUUAAAUGUCAUAUUGACUCAAGACCUGUCCUAGAAACAUGUGGCGAACUGCAGUGCAUUGAGCCUAUACAAUGUACACUUCAAACUGGAAGAAAAUCCAAAACCAAACCUUAUCUGGCUAAAAAAUAUCUUCUCCCUAAACCUCAAGUACCUCCUAAACCUGUGCAUCUCCAGCCGGCUGGGCAACAGAAAAUUCCUCCAGCACCAUCUCGACCUUUGCCAGCAGAUCCCAAGUUAUCAAAAAAUCUUGUGACUGAAGAAGAAGCAACACAAACAUCGGCAGACAUCAGUAAGCUCAUUAAAAAAUUUGAAAGUAUCAGGCAGCCUAUUCAUGUUCACAGAAAUCAGUUAAAUUUAACUUUUAAAAUGGAACCUGGAAUGGACUUGUCUAAACAGUGUUGCCCCAGUAUCUGUGAUGCAGUAACUUCCAGUGCCUCUCCUACAAAUGAAAAUAAAGAGAUUGAUGACAGAGAAAGCAGCAUGUUGUAUAGCACUGAAAUGUCUAAUGCAGACAUUAUGAAAAUUAAAGAACUAAAUAUAGAAGAUACCACAAACACUGAAGACUGUGUUGAUGUGAGCAUCAGCAAAACAUCUACAGAAGAUCUUGGUCAUAAGGACUCCACUGUGGAUCUAAAUGGCAAUGGCAAAAUUCCCAAUAGGGAUAGCGGCAUUGACAGUCCGUCUUGUAGCGUGGGAGGAGAGACUUUUCUGAAUGAAGAUGGUGCAGAUCAGAAAAAAACAACUGUGUCUGGUAAUCCAGCAGAAAUGGAAACUGAUAAAAAGGGCAUCAUUUUUUCUGCUGGUGCACAAAAGAGAGAUUCUGCUCAGGAUGAAGACAGUGAUAUUGAUGAGGGGAGCAGUGAAGAGCAGGAAACAGCAGAGAUGUCAAAGCUAGAAAUAGUGGACAUAAACAAGUGCUCUGAGCCACAAAAGCUGUUUAACAUUGCAAAUGAACUUCUUCAUACCGAAGAGGCUUAUGUUAAAAGACUUCAUCUGCUAGAUCAGGUUUUUUGCACUAAAUUGUAUGAAGCGGGGGUUCCACCUGAAGUGGUAACAGGCAUCUUUUCAAAUAUUUCUUCCAUCUAUUGUUUCCAUGAACAAUUUCUACUGCCUGAGCUCAAAACAAGGAUUACAGAUGAAUGGAAUACAAACCCACGACUAGGUGAUAUCCUUCAAAAACUUGCUCCAUUUCUGAAGAUGUAUGGAGAAUAUGUAAAGAAUUUUGACAGAGCAAUGGACAUGGUGAAUACAUGGAUGCAGAGAUCCUCUCCAUUUAAAGAAGUUGUACAAAAUAUUCAGAAACAAGAAAUAUGUGGGAAUUUGACAUUACAGCAUCACAUGCUAGAACCUGUACAAAGAAUUCCCCGCUAUGAACUUCUCUUGAAAGAUUACCUUAAAAAACUUCCUGAGGAGUCACCAGAUAGGAAAGAUGCUGAAAAAUCCCUGGAACUCAUUUCGACAGCAGCAAACCAUUCAAAUGCAGCCAUCCGAAAGAUGGAAAAGAUGCAUAAGCUGUUAGAAGUAUAUGAACGACUUGGAGGAGAAGAGGAUAUUGUGAAUCCAGCCAAUGAAUUGAUUAAAGAAGGGCAUAUUCAGAAAUUAUCAGCCAAGAAUGGCACAGCUCAAGAUAGAUAUCUAUUUUUGUUUAACAGCAUGUUGUUGUACUGUGUGCCCAAGCUGCGUUUGAUAGGCCAGAAAUUCAGUGUUCGAGAGAAGAUAGAUAUUGCAGGAUUACAGGUUCAAGAAAUUGUCAAGCAAAAUGUGGCUCAUACAUUCUCAAUAUUGGGGAAAAAGAGGUCAUUGGAAUUGCAAGCAAGGACAGAAGAUGAAAAGAAAGAAUGGAUUCAAGUCUUUCAAGCAACAAUAGAAAAACAUAAACAGAACAGUGAAACAUUUAGAGCUUUUAAUAAUACUUUUUCUCAAGAAGAUGAACAUCUCCCAGAUUCAUCAAUAGCAAGCACCAGUUCAGUGGAAUCCAUGCCAGGGACAGAUGGCAGCAGCAGCACAUCUGGAGGGCCUGAGUGUUGCAGGAAAUCUUCCAAAUCAAAGAGAGACAAGGAGAAGCAAGCUUGCAAAAGCUGCAGUGAAAGCUUUAAUUCGAUUACCAAAAGACGUCACCAUUGCAAACAAUGUGGGGCAGUUAUCUGUGCAAAGUGCUCAGAGUUUAAACCACUUGCUGAUAACAGUCGUCACAACCGGGUAUGUAAAGACUGCUUUCAGCUACUGUCAGCAACCCCAUACUUGGGCAAUGAAGCCGCAGGGGAACAAAAGAAAAAGAACAUAACAGAGAAGCAAAGCAUUUUGGGAGCAGAGAACAGUCUCUUCAGCAGCCAGUUGCUGUUCCAAGAAAAAGGGAAAGCAUGGAGUAAAGUGUGGCUCACUGUUCCCAAGUCUGAGCCACUUGUCUUGUACAUGGAAGGAAGAAGUCAGGAUGGACCAGUUUUACGCAGCAUACCCCUACCAGGAUGUGAAGUUGAUUUUCCAAAUUCUGGCGAGAAGUUUGACUCAAAAUGUGUUUUCAAACUCUGCCAUUCCCAACAAACUAUGUAUUUCAGUGCAGAGGAUGAAGAGCAGCAAAUGAAAUGGAUGGAUAUUCUCACCAAAGCAUCUAAAGGGGAGAUUCACGAUCCCAGUGAAAGAGCCAACAAUCCCUAGAGCUGAUAUUCUUUAAGGUCCAAGCUAUACUUGGGAUAGAGAGGGAAAAUAACUUGAACUUGUUAUUCUUGGCACUUUGAAAAUCCAUAUGGCUUUAUAUUUCUGUAUGUCUGUUUAGGAAAUUCAGUAGUUUCCUUCUCAUACAUUCACCACAUACAGUACUGAUUGUCUGGCAUAUAUAUGUUAUUUGAUGGAAUAAGUAAGUGUAGUUGUUAAUGGUGUUUAUAUUGAUCUUGAAGAAAAAUGGUGAAAAGCAUUAAUUUUUUCCAAGGUAAUUGGAAAACCAUCUGCUCUCUCCCCUCUGCUCUCCUCUCUCCUUUUGUAUUUUUUAUUCUUUUCCAUUGUUGUUUGAGUGCAGGAUGUGUAUAGUCUGUGAGUUACAGAAGUUAAAUGUUGUUCAGGGCUUGUGGCUGGCCACGGACACUCUUGUGUUGUCCUACCUUGUGGGAUUUUUUUCUUUUUAAAAAAAGAAAAAGGGCUCCUCUCUGUCUUAUGAGCAACAUCAUGGAUUUCUUUCUUCUGGUUAAACUGUCUGUCCUUUCUUGAAAUGACUUUUUUCCACAAGACAAAUGCUAUAGAAUAUAUUUCUAAAGUCUUCUCAAAUCCAUUGCAGAAAAUCCUUGAAAAGUCUCAAAUAUCAAACAUUUCUACAUAGAUAUAGACACACUCACUUAUAUAGAAAUAUAUUUGGGUUUUUUACUUUUACCGACAAUUUUAUUUCUUUAUAUGAUCUUCUUUAUAAAGUAUUCAAGCAAAUGUUUUAUACUUCAAACUGGGAUGUUACCAGUAAAUGAACAUUUUUAGUACACCCAUUAAGGUGACUUUUUUUUAGAACUGUUAACUGUUUUGAGUAAUCAAGGAUUUAUUUAUAUAAUUUGUAAAUACCACACAUUAAGAAUUUUUUACAAAAACUGAUCUGAUUGAGACUUAGUCCUCAAAUUAAGACACUUGUACAAACUGAAUUUGUAACCUGUUUCAUGUGUAUCUUGGUUUGCGGAAGUAUUUAUGUAUGCAAAUAAAAAUCCAUGCCAUUGA